AUGUCGAACGGCCAGGUAGUCCCAACGAAGCUUCCGAGCAACUACGCAGAUGUUCCCUACACAGAAAUCAAGAUAUCACACCAUCCAGCAUCCUCAAAGGAGCCAACACCUGUUCUGGUCUUGACACUGCACAGAUCACAAGCCAACAAUGCCUUCACAGAUGUCAUGACAGACGAGCUCGAGCACUUCUUCGGAAUCGCCAGUAUCGAUGAUCGUGUCAAGGUUAUUGUUAUGACUGGUCACGGCAAGAUGUUCUGCGCUGGUCAAGAUCUCAACCAAGGCUUCAAGCUUCAAGGCAAUGGCAAGAAGGAGACUGAGCACAAUCAUCGUGACGGUGGCGGCCGAGCAUCUCUCGCUAUGCACAACUGCACGAAGCCAACCAUCGUCGCUAUCAAUGGCCACGCCGUUGGCGUCGGUAUCACCAUGACAAUGCCAGCAGUCAUGCGCAUCGCCUGGUCGAAAGCCAAGAUUGGCUUCGUCUUCAGCCAGCGUGGUGUAGUGAUGGAAGGCUGCUCGUCCUUCUUCUUGCCACGUCUGAUCGGAGCAGCAAGAGCGCAGCAGCUCGUCAUUCCCGGAAAAGUCCAUCUUGCUAGCGACCGAAGGCUAGAUGGACUGUUCUACGAGCUCUGUGACAAACAGGAAAAUGUCCUCCCUACCGCGCUGAAGGAGGCCGAGGAGCUGGCUGUCAACACUAGCACUGUGAGCACUUUUAUGAACCGGGAGAUGAUCUUCCGCGGCGUCAAUAGCGCGGAGAAGGCGCAUUUGUUGGAGAGUAGGGUUAUGGGUGCUAUGAGGGGUAAAGCGGACAACAACGAAGCUGUCGAUGCUUUCUUGCAGAAGAGGAAGGCUGAGUUCCUUGGAACCAUGCAGAAUGAUGCGCCGUCAGUGUAUCCGUGGUUCUCGAGGGUGCACGUCAAGAACUCAGCGGUGGCUGAGCCUAGUACGACGGGAAAGCCUCGACUGUAG